AUGCCGGCCGAGAGGCGUUCUCUACGAUCAAACAACAAAUCCGAUACCUCUUCAUCUGCUAACGGUGAAAAGGCACGCUCGAACUCCCAGAGCUCGAGUGCUAAAGACAAGGCCGCACCCACAACCCGCGCCGCCGCCAACAAGGCCAAGUCAGUCCCGGCAAAGAAAGGCGCCGCCAAGGGCGCAUCAAACACCGGAAUGGGGGAGAAUGAUCAGUCCCACGUCAACGGAUCGAAGUCGGCGGAGAAUGGUGUGAAUGGUUCUGAGGAUGUCGAGAUGGGAGAGGAUACGGCAGGUGCGCCUACAUCCUCCUUCAACUCCAGCAAGGACCGGAAUGGUGACGAGAAGAUGACUGUUGUAGUGCCCCCGACCAAGGGUUCCAGAUCAUCCGGCAAGCCGGGCCAGGAUAAGGAGGAUGAUGUGACGAUGGAGGGUGCGGAGGAGGGUGAUGCGGAGAAGGCUGAGCCUGAGAUUGACCCAACGACCAAGGCCAUUCAAGACAUCAAGAACAACUUCACUCUGCUCGAGCGAGCCGUCGCCCACUUCGAUCCCCGAUUUACCCUUCGUGUCCUGCGAUCGAUAUCGUCGAUGCGGAAACACCUCACCCCUGAGGUCCUCACCGAAGUGAUCGUGGAAACAUACUCAGCCUCCAACUCGACGGCAUCUUUCCUGCUUGAUGCCCUCGAGCAGGCCGGUGCCUUUGAGAGUGACCUCGCGAGCUCAAAGAUGGAGGUGGACUCAGAGAAGAAUAAGGCUGUCCCGAAGGAAGUCCUCCCCGAGGUGGAUGCAUACUUGUCAAUCUUGGUGCAGAUUUACCUCUUUGACCAGCGAAAAAUCCAGGAAGGUGCCAAGUUCUCGACUGAACUGAUCGAGCGCUUGCGCACCGUCAACCGCCGGACGUUGGAUUCCCUCGCAGCUCGCGUGUACUUUUAUUACUCCCUCUUCUUCGAGCAAAUUGCUCCGCUUCCCCCUUCUCCAGCAGCUACCGUGACUACCAUCCGUCAGCCGUUGCUGGCUGCCCUGCGGACCGCUGUUCUCCGGCAAGAUGUUGAUACGCAGGCCACCGUUAUGACCCUGCUUCUCCGCAACUAUCUGUCCACCUCCCACAUCACCCAAGCAGAUCUCUUGAUCUCGCACAAUCGCUUCCCCGCUGCUGCAUCUAAUAACCAGAUUGCCCGGUAUUUGUACUAUCUUGGCCGUAUCCGUGCCAUUCAGCUGCAGUACACCGAGGCUCAUAGUCACCUGAUCGGUGCCACCCGCAAGUCUCCCACUAGCAACGUCGCGCGUGGUUUUUACCAGGCCUCGCAUAAGCUCCUUGUGGUGGUCGAGCUACUGAUGGGUGAUAUUCCUGACCGCGCGGUCUUCCGCCAACCUGCCCUGGAGAAGGCCAUGCACCCAUACUUCCUGCUCGCCCAGGCCGUCAGCGUUGGGGAUCUGGAUGGCUUCUUGAACAUUGUCAACACCCACAGUGCAACCUUCCGGAAAGAUGGUACUUACACCUUGAUCCUUCGUCUGCGCCAGAACGUGAUCAAGACCGGUAUUCGCAUGAUGUCCUUGUCCUACUCUCGUAUCUCCCUGCGGGAUAUCUGUCUCCGCCUGGGCCUGGAUAGCGAGGAGUCGGCUGAGUACAUUGUGGCAAAGGCUAUCCGGGAUGGUGUUAUCGAGGCCACAUUGGAUCACGAGCACGGUUACAUGAAGAGCAAGGAGGUUGGGGACAUAUAUGCCACCAGGGAACCGGGCGAGGCGUUCCACGAGCGCAUUCGUGCUUGUCUUACUCUCCAUGACGAGAGUGUCAAGGCUAUGCGGUUCCCGAUGAACCAGCACCGUCUGGAGCUGAAGAGUGCCCAGGAGGCCCGCGAGCGGGAGCGAGAGCUUGCCAAGGAGAUUCAGGAUGGAGACAUGGACGAUGAGGAUGCUGGUGGCGAUUUCGAUGCCAUCUAA